AAAGCCUCCUUCUGAAAAUGAGAUGGCAUUACUAAUCUAAAGAACCUUGUAUAAUCAUGAGGUUGUUUCUUUUACUUGUUUUCUAUACUCUCAUCUUACUUAAAAAUGUGGAUGUGGGUUUUGCUGAUGAAGCGUCCAGGGUAGAUGGUGAUAGGCAAGCAUUACUUGCGUUGAAGUCUCAAGUUUCUAAAAACAGACGAGUAGUAUUGGCCUCGUGGAACCACUCUAUUCAGCUCUGCGAGUGGUCUCAUGUUACAUGUGGCCGCAAACACAAAAGAGUUACUGGUUUAGACCUUGGAGGGUUGCAACUUGGUGGGAUCAUCUUGCCUUCUAUCGGUAAUCUUUCUUUUCUCAGAGUACUUAAUCUUGGAGAUAACUCUUUUAGUGGUACCAUCCCAAAAGAGUUGGGAAUGUUGUUCAGGCUUGAAAAGUUGAACAUGAGCUACAAUACUCUUGAAGGAGUAAUUCCAAGCCUGUCUAACUGCUCUAGAUUGGUGACCCUUGAUUUAACCUCAAACCGUCUUAUACAUGGUUUACCUUCCGAGCUAGGAUCGUUAUCUAGCCUUAAAAUCUUGCUUCUAUCUAAAAACAACCUUUCAGGGACGUUUCCCACAUCUUUUGGAAACCUAACAUCUCUCCGUCAACUUUCCAUUGCAUAUAAUCAUAUGGAGGGGGAAGUUCCAGAUUACAUAGGUAGAUUAACCAAUAUGAUUUAUCUCCAAAUUUCGAAAAACAAUCUCUCAGGUGUUUUCCCUCCAGAAAUAUACAACCUGUCCUCACUUAGGUUUUUAUCCAUUGUUGGCAAUCACUUGUCGGGUAGUCUUAGGCCCGAAUUUGGAAAUAUGCUUCCAAAUCUUGAGGAGUUGUAUUUGGGGAUGAAUUCUUUUUCAGGAGAUCUUCCCAAAACAAUGUCCAAUAUCUCAACCCUUACACGUCUAGAGAUGGGACAAAACUUUUUCACUGGAUCUAUCCCCGUUAGUUUUGGAACAUUACACAAUAUUCAAAUGUUGGGGCUUAAUGAGAAUUCUUUUGGAAACAACUCAGUUGGUGAUCUGGAUUUUCUUAGUGCUUUGGUAAAUUGCACUCAGCUGCAAGUCUUGGAUGUUGGUUACAACAGACUUGGAGGUGAUCUGCCAAUCUUUGUAGCCAAUCUUUCUAACGAGUUGACCGAAAUGGGCCUCGGAGGAAAUCUCAUAUCUGGAGGCAUUCCUCAUGACAUUGGGAAUCUCAUAAACCUACAAUCACUUGGCAUGGAAAAAAAUUUGUUGACAGGAGGAAUACCUACCUCUCUUGGAAAGCUUUUGGGGUUGCAUGAAAUUUUAUUGAAUUCAAAUAGACUGUCAGGAGAGAUACCAGCAAAUCUCGGAAACAUCACUCGGUUAGAAAACCUGAAUUUGUUUGACAAUAGUUUCCAAGGGAGCAUUCCUCCAAGUCUUGGAAAAUGUCAGUUUCUUUUACACCUUCACGUCGGAUCAAAUAGAUUAAGCGGGACUAUACCUCAAGAAAUCAUGCUAAUAGAGUCUCUUAUUUUGUUGUAUAUAUCAAAAAACUUGUUGACUGGACCGUUUCCAAAAGAUGUUGGAAGAUUAAAAUUCCUUGUUUUGCUAUCGGCUGGAAACAAUAGAUUUCAUGGAAACAUCCCAGAGACCUUAGGGAGUUGUCUCUCGAUGGAAAGAAUUUCCCUGCAAGGAAACAGAUUCGAUGGAGCCAUUCCAGAUAUCAGAAACUUGAGAGCUCUCAAACUCUUUAAUUUAUCGAAUAACGAUUUGUCCGGCAGUAUACCUGAGUACCUAGCGAAUUUUCCCUCGUUAGAGUAUUUAGAUCUCUCUGUUAACAACUUUGAAGGAAUAGUUCCAACAAAAGGAUUGUUUCAAACUCCUGAAAAAUUUUCAGUAUCUGGUAAUGGAAAGCUUUGUGGAGGCAUCCCUGAACUAAAGUUAAGGCCAUGCCCUCUAAACUACGUUUCAAGGGCAAGAAGACAUCCGUCAAACAGAAAGAAAAUUUUCAUCGGUGUCAGUGUUGGUGUAGCUUCUCUUUUGUUGUCACUGUUUGCUCUGAGUCUACUAUACAUGGUUAUGAAACGUAAGAAGAAAGACGGUGCAAACAACGCCGACAACUUGCUGUCAGUGUCUCCGUUCUAUGAAAGGAUAAGUUAUGAGGAGCUUCGAAGAGCGACUUGCGAGUUCUCAUCAAGCAAUUUGAUUGGUUCAGGAAACUUUAGCUCUGUUUUUAAAGGGUUGCUUGGUCCCGAGUCCAAAGCUGUUGCAGUUAAAGUUCUGAAUCUCCAAAAGCAUGGGGCAGCCAAGAGCUUUAUGGCGGAAUGUGAAGCCUUGAAAAGUAUAAGGCAUCGAAACCUUGUGAAACUAGUGACAGCUUGUGCAAGCAUUGAUUUCAAUGGAAAUGAAUUCAAAGCUCUUGUGUACGACUUUAUGCCUAAUGGAAACCUAGACACGUGGCUGAACCCAGAGGUUGAAGUUGGAAGCUCUGAAAGUCAUGAUCCAAGACCAUUGAAGCUAAGUGAAAGACUUAACGUAGCCAUAGAUGUGGCUUCAGUUUUGGAUUAUAUCCAUUCCCAGUGUCACGACCCCGUAGCUCAUUGUGAUCUAAAGCCAAGCAAUGUUCUUCUGGACAAUGAUCUAACAGCCCAUGUCAGCGACUUUGGUCUUGCUCGAAUCCUCGACCAGGAAUCCUUCAUCAACCAGUUGAGCUCCACGGGUGUCAGAGGAACCAUCGGCUAUGCAGCACCAGAAUAUGGAAUGGGAGGAAAACCAUCGAGACAGGGAGAUUUGUACAGUUUCGGAGUUCUUGUGUUGGAGAUAUUCACUGGGAAGCGUCCAACUGAUCAACUCUUUGUCGGAGGUUUAACUCUCCGUAGCUAUGCCGAGUCGGGGCUGCCAGAACAUGUACUUGAUAUCGCUGACACAUCGAUUCUCCACGGUGAAGUUAACAACAAGAACAUCAACAUUGCUGAGUGUUUGAAGAUGGUGUUUCUGUUGGAAUAAGCUUGAAGUGAAGCUUGAGUGAAGUUAGUCCUAAUUCUAUAUUAGUUAUGUUUGUUAAGAGAUAAGGAUCAAAGUAUUUAGGAGUUAUCUAAAUAUCAAGGAUUCCCAAUAGGAUUAGGAUUAGCAAAGUAGUAUAUAAGGAUGUGUUGAGAUGUGACACAACUUAUAAGGUUUUGUGAGAAAGAGAGAUUGGAGAGCUUAAGUUUUGAGAGAUUUUCUUAAGCUAAUAAAAGUGAGAUAUACUUUUACUCUUGUGUUCUUAACAAACCUUUGAAGACUAUAUUUGGUAUCAGAGCUGCACCACCACCGAAACCAUGUCUGAGAUAGUCGCAACUACACAGAAACCUAAAGAAGGAGGAGGAGGAGGAGGAACUCCUCCUAUUGUUUGUCCUAUGCUCACGUCGACCAACUACACUGUUUGGGCAAUGAAGAUGAGACUCGCUCUUAGAGUGCAUAAAGUUUGGGAUGCCAUAGAACCUGAAACAGAGCAAGUUAACUCGGAACAUAAUGAUAUAGCGAUGGCUCUAUUGUUCCAAUCUAUCCCUGAAAAUUUAACCCUGCAAGUCGGAGAGCUAGACACAGCUAAAAAGGUAUGGGAUGCAAUUAGUUCUAGAAACGUUGGAGCUGAGAGAGUUCGAGAAGCGAGACUUCAAACACUAAUGGCAGAAUUUGAGAGACUAAAGAUGAAAGAUACUGAGACUAUUGAUGAGUUCUCGGGAAAAUUAGCCACAAUAUCUUCAAAGUCAGCUGCUCUAGGGGCAAACAUUGAAGAGCCUAAACUUGUCAAGAAGUUUCUUAAUAGUCUGCCUCGAAAGAAAUUUAUACAAAUAGUAGCUUCCCUAGAACAAGUCCUUGAUCUGAAUAAAACCAGCUUUGAAGAUAUAAUUGGUAGAUUGAAAGCAUAUGAGGAACGGAUUCGUGAAGAAGAAGAUAUUCAAGAGGAUCAAGGAAAGUUGAUGUACACAGAGUCACAAACAAAUCAACAUUACCGAGAUUACAACAAUGAAGCCGGAAGUUUCAGGGGAAGAGGUCGAGGUGGAAGAUCGUUUUUUAGAGGACGAGGGAGAGGACGUAAUGGUGGACGAAUCAACAUGUCUCAGAUUACAUGUUUUCGGUGCGAUCAGGUUGGCCACUUCGCAUCGCAUUGCCCAGAUC